AGGAAAGCUUCGGUAUAAACUAAUGGGUGUGCUGCAGAGGAUGGUAAAUGGGAGUGGCUCUUUGGAUUUUAGAAUGUGCACAACAAAAUAAGGGAUGAGAUAUCUAACGGCAAGAUUAGGUCCACUGAGCAAAAACAACAUUUAACAUCAUAUGUUUUAUAGGAGUAGAAGGAAACUUAUAUCAAUAUGUCUUCAUCUUAUAAAGCAGCGGUGACACCACCUCAUUCAUCUGAUCUCAGGAUUGUGUUGCUGGGGAAGAACGGAGCUGAAAUAAGUUCUGUAGGAAACAUGAUUCUGGCAGAGAAGCAUUUAAAGAAAAUAGCGGAGUGAGUGAAGUACAGAGAGGACGAGUAGAAGAUAGAAACAUCUCAGUCAUUGACACUCCAGGAUUCUUCAACACUGAACUGACUGAUGAAGAUCUACAGAAUGAAAUGAUGAAGAGUCUUUCUCUCUCUCAUCCUGGUCCUCAUGUCUUCCUGCUCACAGUCAAUCCAGACACGUUCACAGAAGAUGACGUGAGGAAGAUUGUUAAGAAGAUUGAGGAAAACUUUGGAGCACAUGUGUUAAAGUUCACAUUAGCACUGUUUAUUAGAGAACAAAUGACAAACAGAGAAUGGAUGGCCUUUUCACUUAGUCAAAAAUUCAUAGAACUUACCAGCCAUUUUAGAGGCAAAUUCUAUGUGCUGAACAGCGAGAUGACAGACAUAACAACAUUUCUGGAUAAAGUUGAAGAAAUUGUAAAACAGAAUGCAAAUCAGCAUUACAAAAAUAACAACUACAGGACGUUUCAAAAGAAGAAAAUACUGGAGCAGAACGAGAAAGUCCAGGUGCAGCAAACAGGGUCAGACCAGAGACUCUUAUCUACAUCACAAGUAAUGCCACCUGUGAGCAGACAGCAAGGAAAUAAGGUUUUAGUGUAAUACAUGAGCUGCAGACAAGGCUUCAAGGAGCAAAAGAAAAUGUUGCGGACAUACUUAACAUUAAAAUGACAUCAAGGAAUCAAUUCAGCCAACAUCAGAAAUUGGAGGCUCAAAACAGGAAACCAAAUGUGACUGAACACACAAGAGCAAAAGAAAAUGCUGCGGACAUACUUAACAUUAAAAUGACAUCAAGGAAUCAAUUCAGCCAACAUCAGAAAUUGGAGGCUCAAAACAGGAAACCAAAUGUGACUGAACAAACAAUGAAUCCAUCUAAACUGCGGAUUGUUCUGGUGGGUAAAACUGGAGCAGGAAAGAGUGCAACAGGAAACACCUUACUGGGUAGAGACGUGUUCUUCGAUCAAACCUGUCUAAAUGCAGUCACUAGAACAUGUCAGAAAGAAGUCAUAUUGUCUCCAAAGCAAAUCGCGGUGAUUGACACUCCAGGAGUAUUUGAUACAUCAAUGAGUCCAGAUGAUCUGAAGUCUGAAAUAAUGAAGUGUAUCUACUUGUCUGUUCCUGGUCCUCAUGUUUUUCUGCUGGUCAUCAGACUGGAUGUGAGAAUCACAGAAGAGGAGAAAAACACAGUGAAGUGGAUUCGAGAGAACUUUGGAGAAGAUGCUGUAAAAUACACUAUUAUUCUGUUCACUCACGCUGAUGUUAUAAAAGAGGGAUCGCUAUAUGAAUACAUUGCACAGAGUUCCUAUCUACUGGCAUUGAUUGACAGCUGUGGAGGCAGAUAUCACUCAUUCAACAAUGAGGAAAGGAAGAACCGGUCUCAAGUCGUAGAACUGCUGGAGAAGAUUGAGAAGAUGGUGGAGGACAAUGGAGGAGAUAAUUACACCAAUGAGAGUUACCAGGAGGCUCAAAAGAAGAUAAUAAUAAAGACAUUCUGGUCAAGGAAACCUAGGUUUUUUAUGCUGGGUAAAAGUGGAUCAGGAAAAACUGCUACAAGAAAAAACAUUUUGAGACAAGAGAGUAAAUCACCAAAUUCAACAACUGCAAUCUGUGAACCACACGAAGCAAAUGUGAAUGGAAAGAUCAUUAGAAUAGUUGACUCACCAGGAUUGUUUGAUGCAUCAAAUAAAAAAACAAAGAACAUGACAACAGUAAUAGCUGAAAUAAAGAAUUUUGUCUCUAUCUGCCUUCCUGGUCCUCACAUAUUUCUGGUGAUCAUCAAACUGAAUUUCAGAUUAACUGAUGAUGAGAUGAAUGCAGUGAAACUGAUUCAGAAGAACUUUGGAGAAGAUGCUGUACAAUUCACCAUCGUUCUGUUCACUCAUGGUGAUGUGCUGAAGGAUAAAACAUUGGAUGAAUACAUCAAAACAAGUACAGAUCUCCAGACACUCAUAAACAGUUGUGAGGGCAGAUAUCAUUUAUUUAACAAUGAAGACAUGGAGAACUGCUCUCAGAUCACACAACUGCUGGAGAAGAUUGAGAAGAUGGUGGUGCACAAUGGAGGGAAGUUCUACACAAAUGAGAUGUAUCAAGAGGCUCAAAGAAGGAUAGAAAUAGAUCAAUUCUGGUCAGAGAAACCCAGGAUUGUGCUUUUGGGUAAAACUGGAUCAGGAAAAACUGCUUCAAGGAAAAACAUUCUGAGACAAGUGUGUUAUUCACCAGAUUCACCAACUACAACUUCUGAACAACAUGAAGCAAAUGUGGAUGGAAAAAACAUCACAAUAAUUGACACUCCAGGAGUGUUUCAAACACAAGAGAAGAUGAAAGCUGAAAUAGUAAAUUGUGUCUACAUGUCUGCUCCUGGUCCACAUGUGUUCCUGCUGGUCAUCAGACUGGAUGAGAGAAUCACAGAAGAGGAUAAAGACACAGUAGGGUGGAUUCUGAACAAAUAUGGCGAAGAUGCUUUAAAAUACACCAUCAUUCUGUUCACUCAUGCUGAUGUGCUGAAGGGUAAAUCUUUAGAUGAAUACAUUCCAAAGAGUUCAGAUCUAAGAGCACUGGUAAACAGCUGUGAAGGCAGAUAUCAUUUAUUUAACAAUGAGGACAGAAACAACCUUGACCAGGUUACAAAGCUGCUGGAGAAGAUAGAAGCAUUAUCAGAGUCCAAUAAAUGGAUGUACUACACAAAUGAGAAGUUUGAAAAAAUAUUAAACACAAGUAGAGCGUUUAGAAAGUUUAAAGACGUUGUAGGUACAGCAGCUCUUAUGGUUGGAGGUGUAAUUGUGGGAAUAGCAGGGUUGGCUGUGUCACCACUGUUAGCAGUUGGAGGAGGUUUAUUAGCAGCUGGAGCUGCAGCAAAAGGAGAGUUUGAUGACGAAGAAGAGGAAAAUUAGACAAAAACACUUGUGCCUAUAGUUGUUUGACAUGUUACCCCUGCAAGCAUGCCUGUGUGGCACUUUACUGACCCACUAAGCGCUGGUCUAAGGGUCCCUUGCAGAAUUUGAUCAUUGGCCGAACUAUUGCCCCUUAGUACUGGCCCUGCAUGGGCAGCUCUCACUUAGCAUCCACUGUUGAUUUGUUGAAACUUUGAUCACUUUUGCACAUGAUAUUAAUGUUGAAAAAAGGUUGACAUUUCAUCAAACAACCAUUUUUGUGAUUAGUGUUUGAUUUAGUUGGGCUCUUGACUCAUGAAUAUCAAAUACUGAUCACAAUAAUGCUUGUUUGUUUAAACUAACUAAGAGGCCAACGUUUGGGAAGUGAGCAAGUUCUGCAAGGGCCAUUAGGCUAGCUAUUUUUUAUCAUAAACAGUCUUUAGAUUUAUUAUACAAUAUAAAACAUGACAAUUAACAGGAAGAUACAGUAUUACAAGCGUUCCAAGGUCAAAGAAUAGACCUGAAACCGAUCCUCUUCUCCCUGAACACAUGAACACAUUAUCUCACCGGAACACUCCAUUGACAUAUUUAAUUAUUAAAAACCUUCCAGCAUCAUUCAAGCCUCGUACUGUAGGUCAAGAUAAACUAGAAAUAAAUUAGAUCUAUUUCUAAUUUUUUUUUUGCUCUUAUUCUUUUUAUAUAUACAGUCACAUUUUUUAUCAAUUUUAUUGCUGUUUUAUGGUUUCUUAAAAUGUAACGUUUUUUGUGAUCUUAAAUAAUUUGCAUUUUAAAGAUAAGACUUAUUUCUUUCUGUCAAUCAUUUUAUGUAAAGCACUUUGAAUUGCACUUGUGUAUGAAAUGUGCUAUAUAAAUAAACUUGCCUUGCCUUGCCUAGAAAACUGUAAAUACAACAUAAACGGUUAGUUAGCUUAAAACAUUAGAGCACAAAUUACAAAUUUGCUCACACUAAAAUAAGGUGGUGGUUGUUUUAAACAAGAUUACAUUAGCACAUACUCAUAAAAAAGGUUUAACUGGUAAAUAAGAUUGUAUAUGAAAUGAUAUAUCUGAAAUGAAUAUUUGUAAUGUUUUUCCAUUUUUAAUUGUCUUUAUAUUUCUGCUAUGGACUGGGUUAUACUUAUUAUUAAUUCCUGUUAAUGUUUCUGAAUUACAGUUAUUGACUAUGCUAACCUGAUAAAUUACUUAUUCCUGUACAAUGACAAAAAACAAAUAAGGAUAUGGUAUAUUUGGGAUGUCUAGGGUUUAAGAGUGAUAGUUAUUGUCUUUAUUCAUAGUUCUUUCAACACUCUUCAGUGAUAUAGUAUGACAUGUUAAUUGAU